AUGAAAGAAGAUAUUAUAUUAGCCAGUCAAGCAGUAAUUUGCCAGAUUCCUAGUAUUAAUGAUUUUUUGCAGGCAUUUUCGCUCAAAUUGAGAGCUCAAAUAAAAGAAAGUUCAUAUCAGAAAACUAAGCCACAGCUUUUAGAAUGCGAAUAUUUUUUCGGCAGCGAACAAAAAUAUGAGUAUUCUUUUUCAAUAGCAAAAGAUAUUCCAUACCAAUUAAACAUUUAUGAAUAUCUUUGCUUUCUUUCAGAUACUUUAAAAUUUACUAUAGAAACGUGGAUUUUGGCAGCUGCAUAUCUAGAAAAGGUGUUAGCAAAAAUCCCUUUAUUAUGCUCCAAUUGGAGAAAGCUAGUAACCUAUUCCAUUUUUAAUUCCCAAAAAAUUAGCGAAAGAAAUGAAUUAGGUAGCUCAGAAUUUGCCGAGAUUAUACCUAAUAUUGAAUUCGUUGAUUAUAUUUUGAUGGGGUUUGAGUUCCAGAAACUAAUUGAAUAUAAUUAUGAAGUUCAUAAAGAGGAAUUAUUAGAAAUUGCUGAGUCAACUCUUGGAUAUUUUCCUUCAGAUUCAUAUUGAAAUUGGAAAAUUGAUGAAGAAAGCCUAGAAAAGGUUGCAAAAAAAUCUAAAGAAAUCCCACAAGAAGACCAAAGUGAAGUAAAUAUUUAUGCUUCGGAUACGAUAUACUGCAUAAAUACAAUUUAA